AUAAGAGACAUCACGGAAGUCCGGGUACCGGCUCCCCGACAGUCCAAACGGAACAAAUGUCACUCUACGGAUACCUUACGUUUCCAUUGUGCAUUCCGAAUGGGGUUCUGUCAGUCUAGGCCUCCAUCGCCCACAGUCGAGGCGUUCGACGCCUUGGAACGCGUUCCCACACUUCCCCAGGUGCUCCAUUUGACACAUGACGAUAGGUAUGGGCAAUAGUGUAUCAACACGCAAAUGAGGCAUUUUAGCCCAUAGAGUCGUCGUCGCCGUCAUAUCGAAAGGCCCAUCCAACGAUAUCAGUAUGCGCGACUAAUCAUCUUGGGGGCCUUCCAUCAUUUAACAUUAUGCAUAAGCACCCACCUGCCGCCGCCGAAGCUUCCAAGCUUGUCAACUUAGGACCAAGGCCGCCGUCUUGGCACUCUAUAGCAAACCUGCUGUCAUCACGUCCAAGCUACCAUUUGCAGUCUUUUGGACCCCCAAUUUUAAAAACAGAAUUCCCUACAGGGCUACGCAUAUUAGCCUCAACGAGGCUGCCAGCAAGGGAAGGCGAAUCGACCAAGGCGCCGAUAAGUGCACCCGACAGAUGGAGCCCUGCGUCGAUCAUCCUCGGCUCCCUCUGGACUCGCGACUCAUCCCCUCCUCGUCCUUUGACCUUUUUGUCCGUCUGGCCGUCGUCCCUACUCUCUACGGAUACCUACCCAUCCACCAUUGUUCAUCGCAACUCCUUACCGCGGCCCAGCCACCCCGUUGUUUCCUCUAUCUCGUCCAAAUUCCCUCUUGACCUGGCCACUCAUCCUCGGCUGAAACAUCUAGCUUCGAUGGACAACAUUUGGACCGGAUCCCACUUCCCAGGAAAUCAGGUCCAUUCACCACGACACACGUCCGGAGGGAGGAGGAAAAUCAAACGGCCCCCGAUGACACCCCGCUUAAUGUGUGAGUUUCAGGCUCUCUGCCGAUCCAUCCGGUCAGAAACACUAGAGAACAUCCAAAUUCGUUCAUCGCGAACCUCUGUCGCGUCGAGGCUAGCUCUUGCGCUGUGAUGUCCAAUCCGUACAUGGCAGAACGUUUCACACCAGCAGACGCGCUACGGAGAGGAUAAACACCAAAUCGGGUCGCGAGGAUAGACCUAGGGCCCAGUCUUCCGGUUGUCACAUUUGACAUUCUUUCAGAGAAGUCCAAGGAAAGCUAUCUCUAUCGUAUGAUUCCUGAGAGC